CCUGCCCAUAUCGCCAAGCUUCUCUAAUGGCGACCGCCUCCACGACGACCACCACCACCAACCGUUUUCCCACCCGAAACCCUAACCCUAACCCUAAUCCCAAGCUACCCCAUCUCCUAUCCUUCAAGUUCUCCCGAUAUCCCUCCCUUCUUUCCCAUCUCCACCUUCGCCGCCGCUUCUCCUCCAUCUCCGCCGCCUCCACGGGGGACCAAACCAUCGUGCCCUUCGAUUCCGAGAAGCCUCGAGAGGAGUGCGGCGUGGUGGGCAUCGUCGGCCACCCGGACGCUGCCCACCUGUGCUCCCUCGCCCUCCACGCACUCCAGCACCGCGGCCAAGAAGGCGCUGGCAUCGCCGCCUCCGACCUCUCCACUCUCCGCUCCUCCACCGGCCUCGGCCUCGUUUCCGAAGUCUUCGAUCCCUCCAAGCCCGGUUUGUCUCUCUCCUCCCUCACCGGCCCUGCCGCUAUCGGCCACGUCCGCUACUCCACUGCUGGUGCGGCCGCCUCCAUCCACAACGUCCAGCCCUUCCUCGCCUCCUACCGCUUCGGCCAGCUCGCCGUCGCGCACAACGGUAACCUCGUCAACUACCCCUCUCUCCGCUCCUCCCUUGAAGAAAAAGGCUCCAUUUUUAACACCAGCUCCGACACCGAAGCCAUUCUCCAUCUCAUCGCCACAUCCAAGUCUCGCCCUUUCCUCUCCCGCGUCGCCGAAGCUUGUUCCUACCUCCGCGGUGCUUACUCCUUGCUUUUCCUCACCGCCGACAAGCUCCUAGCGGUCCGCGAUCCCCAUGGCUUCCGCCCCCUCGUUCUCGGUCGUCUUCCCCGCGCCAACGGCGCCCCUUCCGCCGUCGUCUUCGCUUCCGAGACUUGCGCCCUCGACCUUAUCGGCGCAAAGUAUGAGCGUGAGGUUGAGCCUGGUGAGGCCAUCAUCGUUGACGCCCGCACCCUGGACAUCUCCACCUCCUGCUUGAUGCCCUCCAAACCAAGAAAAGCUUGCGUCUUUGAACUCAUCUACUUCGCACUCCCUCAAUCCCUUGUCUUCAGCCACCCAGUCUAUGAAUCAAGGUACUCUUUUGGUGCUACACUCGCCGCCGAGUCUCCAGUUCCCGGCGCUGACGUUGUUAUUCCAGUGCCCGACUCCGGCUUCUUCGCAGCACUCGGCUUCUCCGAGCGCUCCGGUGUACCAUUCCAACAAGGCCUUAUUCGCUCACACUACGUUGGCAGGACCUUCAUUCAGCCAUCACAGGCCAUUCGAGACCUCGGUGUGAAGCUCAAGCUCUCACCCAUCAAAGGCAUUCUCGCAGGCAAGAGUGUUGUUGUUGUAGAUGAUUCAAUUGUUCGAGGUACAACCUCGUCGAAGAUUGUGAGGCUAAUUCGAGACGCCGGAGCAAAGGAAGUGCACAUGAGGAUUGCCAGUCCACCUAUCAUUGCCUCUUGCUACUAUGGUGUAGAUACUCCGAGCUCAGAGGAGCUUAUUUCGAAUAGAAUGGAUAUUGAAGGUGUUCGGAAGGAGAUCGGUGCUGAUUCCCUUGCAUUCUUGUCAUUGGAGAGCUUGAGAGGGUUGCUUGGUGAUGAGGCUCCAUCCUUUUGUGAAGCUUGUUUCUCUGGGAACUAUCCAGUGCCUCCUGUGGAGUAUGAGGAUGUUAACUCUAAAGAACCUUUAUAUGUUGCUUGAGGGGAAAAAAAGGUUAUGGUUUGCAUUCUAUGGUGAGUUUUCUACUUAUUUGGAAGCUAAACAUGGUGAUGAUGGUGACAUUAGAUUAAUUGCUUUUUUUGUCCCAUUUAUCUUUGAUUUGUGUUAAUGUGUUAGUUUUCUUGAUGAUAGAAAUAAUAUAAUGCAUUUGUUUUGCA